AUGUGGCUCGACCAACCGGUCACCUUGCACGGUUCUCGCGAGGACGAGUGCGAAUUGACUGCAGAGCAAUCUGAUUGGGUCUAUGCCCUCGGAACCAUCUACUUUUUCGUUGCGACGAUAGCAGUGUGCACAUUUGGCUUCUGGGCCUUGCGGUUGGCUCCCAAGUCGUUACGAGCCAAGAAGCCGUGGCAGAAGCUGAUAAGCAGUUUUCGUUUUCUGGCUUACAGGCACUCAAACUCGAGGGCAUUGUAUAGCUAUCUGCCAUCGCUUGGAGUUGGCAUCUUAUUGGCGAUUGGUGCCGUCUUCUUCUUUGCAAUGACUUUGGGACCUCAGCCGUAUUACUGGCCCAAUACGAGAACAUUGACCUAUGCCGGCUCACCGCCGAUCGCGACAAGGGCGGGAUGGAUGGCUCUGGCUUGCCUGCCAUUUGUUGUAAUCCUCCCUACCAAGGCCAACACAAUUGCCUCCUUCACCGGCGUGUCCCAUGAUCGUCUUAUCGUUUUCCACAACUGGGUCGGCUGGGCCAUGUUCGUCCUUGCACUGAUUCAUACGUUUCCAUUCAUCAUAUACCACAAGUGGAAAGGAGAUUUAGAUAUGCAGUGGACCAUGAGUAUCUUUUAUUGGUCAGGGACUGCUGCGCUCAUUUGCCAGGCCUAUCUACAAUUCAUGUCAAUCUCGUCGAUUCGGAACCGAUACUACGAGGUCUUCAAAGUCACGCACUUUGCCGCGGCCAUCCUCUUUAUACUGUUCUUGUUUUUCCACUGCGACUAUACACUCAGCUCCUGGGAUUACUUCAUCGCUGCCGGCGUCCUUUAUACCCUCUCAUGGUUAUAUUCCCAGACGAGAACCUACUUCGAGCACGGAAUUUCUUGCAAGGCCACUUUUGAAAUGGUUUCGGAUGUUUGCAUGAAGAUUACGAUCUCGAUUGACGCGAAAUGGACGACGGCCCAACAUGUUUUCCUGCGUUUCAUUACAUUGAACACGCACUCUCUGACGGCACAUCCUUUUACAAUCUGCAGUAUACCGACUCCUGACAAGGUUCCCGGGAAGACCAAGAUGGUAUUUUAUGUGCAGCCCCGGGGCGGCACAACGGGGCGCUUGGCCAAGAUUGCAGCAAAUCAGCCUGGAUACACUGUGCCCGUCUUGAUCGAUGGCCCGUACGGAGGCGUUCAGAACAGGCCAUUGACAGAGUACAAUCGCAGCAUUGUCGUAACCUGUGGGUCGGGUGCGGCUCUAUCUCUUGGCACGGCCAUGGACGUUAUUGUCAAGUCCAUUCCCAGUAGCCGUGAAAAAUCGGAUCACCGCAUGCACAUUGUAAUUGCGACUCGGGAUCGGAGCCUUGUUCAAUGGUUCGAAGACGCUCUUCUCGCAUUCAUGGAAGAGACACGGACGUCUUGGCCACAAGACCAGCUCGAGAUUUCUAUCUACCAGACUGGCUUUAUAGAUUCGACUCGUACUUCUUCUGAUGAAGAGAAGGGCGACAGCAAUAAAGUAACGAGCAUAGCGCAAGGUAAACUUCCUAUAACAGUCUAUUCGGGCAGGCCAAACAUUUCCGCCCUCGUCCGGGAGGCGACCUUGGAAUCAAAUAGCACCGUGGGCAUCCUCGCGUGCGGCCCUGCAGGUGUGCUUCAAGAGGUCCAGAGCGAGGCCGCUGCUGCGCAAUUACGCAUCUUGAAGUCUGAAGCCGGUGCAAGAGAAGUAUAUCUGCACUCGGAGCUGUUUUCGUAA